AUGGCAAGUCGACUGGGCCGACUCAACCUCCUGCUUCUCCUGGUGAACCCUGCACUGCUCUGGCACACGGCCCUAGCUGUAGCCGCCGGGUUCACAUGGUUCGAUGCUAUCCAAGCGUGGGCUGUCCGCCUCUUGCAGCUGGUCCUUGAGGGGCGUGUCAAUCAUACCUUGCAGUUUGUCGUCAGGGUAUUCUCUACGCUCGCACUGCUUCUCAUCGCGAAGCUGCCGGGCUUGGUGCGGGCGCUGCACCAAGGGCAGCAGCAGCAGCAGCAGCUAACGCCGCCGCCAGCGGCCGGCUUAGUCGCUAGAAUCCGGCUCUUGAGGCUUUCUCCCGUCAUCAGCAGCGGCUUCUCCGAGAUUCGGGGAUCCCUCGAAGAAGUGGAGUUGAGCGAAGACCCCUGCGUGCCGUCUGUGUGCGCCUACACCGCCGUGUCGUAUUGCUGGGGAGACCCGUCCCCGAAGAGGAGCAUCUUUGUGGACGGUCGGCAGCGGUUCUGGAUCGACCAGAUCUGCAUCAAGCAGGACGACAUCCAGGACAAGGAGGAGCAGAUACCGCUGAUGGCUACCAUAUACCGCAAGUCGUUGCGGCUCAUUAUCUGGCUCGGCGUCGCGGGUGAGGAUGGCUCGCUGGCCGUGAACACGGUCGACGGGAGCGCUUCGGUGCCGUCACCGGCCGCAAAACAGGCGCUGCUGGGCCUGCUGCGCAAUCCCUGGUUCACCCGGACAUGGGUCGUGCAGGAGGUGACCAUGGGCACCGGCAUGGGCUGGCUGACCGACCAGGGCACUAUUGCCUACGGGGGGCCCGUCUCUCUCGACGACCUCACGGGGGGCGACACGGCGCUCGCGGCGAUUUUCCGGAUGAUUCGCAUCGGCCGCUUCGAUGCCUCCGUGAGCAAGGACCGCAUCUACGCGGUGCUAGCGCUCUGUGGCCUGCCCUCCUGGGUGCCCAACUGGACCGUCACACCGGCGGCCGCCACGACACCCUGGGUCGAGCUCUCGGGAAUAGCCGAACUCAUCGACCCCCGCGUGGGCGGUAUUCACUGGGAACUUGCCCAAGUGUACAGCUACGGGAAGAUCGACUGGGUGCACGCCGACGACCGCCCGCGGUUCCGCGGCGCCAAUGCCUCGCUCAAGGCAAAAGAGGCUGCCUUCAUGGCCGUGCUCGAUCUGGCGGGACCGGCGAUACCUGCUACCGUCCAAGACAUCGAAAUCUUCGACGAAGACAAGUUGCUCGUUGUUCACGGACGCCGCAUCGACCGCCUGCGGGCUGUGAGCUGUGUUAUGGACACCACGGCCGCAACCGCCGCCGCCAUCCUCCGGCUCUGGUUGCAGCUGGCGCGGUCCAACAUGGACGUGUACCCUUAUAGAGAGGAGGAACAGAGUCGGUUACUGGCUCCCUUCCUCCGCACCCUGUGCACCGAUUUGUCGUGUGACUGGACUGACCUGGUGGAUAUCCAGUGUCUGCAGCGUCCCAUGCCCGACGAUAUGCUGGCAGCGGUCGGCUGGUACGUCUCCCAGACGGAGGACCAGACGGAAUACCAGACGGAGGACCGGACGGAGGAGAGCCCCCCAACGCACUACAAACAUAAAGCACCGCCGCCGCCGCCGCCGCCACCGCUUGAGAUGACGGAGCACGUCAAGCGUCUUGUAACAUCCACCUGCAUCGGCAGGAUGUUUGGGGUCACUGAGAAGGGAUACUAUGGCCUCUUCCCGCGCGGUAGCCGGGCCGCCGACCUAGUGUGCCUGUUCAAUGGGAGUCCGGUGCCGUUUUGCCUGCCAAGACCAACGGAGCGGACGGAGCGGGCGCUCUGUGGGGCUCUCGUGCUCUGUGAGCAGAGCACCCUGGGCCCGCAGAGCGUAGAAACAGAGGAAGAACUCUGA